CUGAGAUUAUUGAUUUACUCCAAUGCCUCCCCGUAUCUGCCGGACUUGGAGUUCGGAGAGAUGUUCGGGGGGUGCAGGAGUUCUUUUCUCUGAUCUCUGGGAAUGAAGUUAUCUUGAGGAAUGGUUUUAUAGAUCUCACAUCCUUGGCUGUACUGGCUGGAUAUAAAUUCCACUCCAAGAAUAUGACUGCGAUGGGAGUUCAAGUGAUGGGUUCUCUCUUAAACAAGAUGGUUUCUACAGCAGAUGAUCUCUGGGGACUUAGGUGGGAGGAGAUUCCUGACCCUCUGAAGUGUUAUGCGUUGGGAGAUAUUAAGUUCGGAUUCAUUACGUACAAUGUACUAGCCGGAUUACUCCUUAGAGAUGUUUUUCCAGACCCUGAUGUACUAUGUUGGUACCUGGAGUCGGAUCAAUUCUGUGCUGUGACUUGGUUUCUCGACUGGAUUUUGAGAUCCCUAGAAGGAGUUGAGGUUUACCAGAUGGCAGAGGAGGAGGCUGAGACUAGAGUCGCCAUGAUCAGGUCCUUGAGAUUUAGAGAUGAUCGUGAUAAGCUGGAGAGUGAUACCACUCCCCUUCUCAAGGUAUGGAUGCAAGUACUGGGGUCUUGGCCAUCUGUUUCUAGUGGAGGGUGUAGAAUUCUUCUUCAGGCUCGAGAAUGGUUCGGAGUUCAGUCGGAGAUCCUGUCUAAAGUUCAAGUGGAUUGGUCAAAUGAGGUGGUAUUCCGACUUCCCAGGGUUUCAGAUAAAGACUAUCUCAGGUUUGGUCUGAAAGAGGAGGAGCUCUCGAGUGAUUCAUGGAAGAACCCGGUACCUGGAGUAAGAGGGAUGACCCGGCCUCCUGGAAUGCAUGCUGGAUUCCUAGUGUUCGAUCCUUCUGUGGAUUUAUGUUCUAGGAUUGGUGAACUAUGCUCUGCUCUUGGGAGAAAUCAGCGUUGGUGUAUCCUGGAAUGGGCCAGAAUGUUCCCGGAGAAGUUCAAGGCGUUCUUUGCGAGGAUGAUGCGGGAUACAGAGUUCAGGUUGUAUUACAAGAUGAUCUAUGACUGUAUGAGGCUUUCUUAUCGACGGAUUUUUGAUAUUGUUGCUCCCAGAGUGGCCAGAGUGGAGUUGGGUUUAGCUCAGGGAGUAUUGAAUACUCUAGCUCAGGAAACCCGAUUGCUGGAGAAGUCCAGGAAGGAGACUGCUUUGAGAGAAGCCCGUGUAAACUGGCUAACUGAACUCUCCGAGGAUUCGACUUUCCGUGAGAGGUCUAAGUGGAGAGAAGGAAUACCAGAGUUACCUGUUUGGAGGAGGAGAGGUGGUCAGAAGAGGUCAUACUCCAAAGUUCAAAAACCUGGUAAGGAUCAAAGGAAGAGAUUGAGAUUGGCUAGACAGAAACCCUCUUCUAAUCCCGUCCCUGGUGAUGUUUCUGCUGUGGAUAAGAAUGCUGCUGAAUCCGUAAUUACGGAGAAGAAUGUUCCUGGAUGCUCUGGUGUGACCAGAGGAGCUGUCUGCUCCAGGUCUGUUGUGAGUAGGGAGCGAGCUAGGUCUAGGAAUAAGAAACCUGCCCGAGUUCUCACUUAUGAUGAAAUUAUUGAAGGAGAGGAUACCAUUCCGUUCCCUGAUAAUCUAGAGUUCAGGUUCGAGAUUCCUGAGGAGGUUGAGGGUAUUGAGUUGUUCUAGCUCUUCUGAGUGUUGGAGAUGAUUAGUGAUUCCAGAACCUUGUGAAUAAACAAAGAGUGAUUUUUUUCAGGGAAUGAGAUUCCAAUUAUACUGGUAAAUAUCUUUGAAGCAUGAUGAUGUUCUUCUUGCUUCCUGGCUGCGUUGGGGGAGUGUUACGCGACGAAAUCGUCUCGUCUAAACUAUUAACCCCUGACGGACUCGAUUGUGCUGUGAAGCCCCUGUGGAGGGGAGAGCUGGACUCCGUACUCUCUGAACAUUUAAACCAGUUAUAAGUGUACGCUACCUACACGCCAUAUUGUUUCAUGAAUUUUCUCGUCAGUUAAAAUUGAUAUUUACGGAUAGUAAACCUGUGUGAUUUUUCGUAGCUAAGGCACUUUGAGAUUGAACCGUGUAUCCUGUAAUUAGAGCCCUGAUUAUUCUGAGACUGAGAGAUUGUAGAAGAGUCUAAGGAGUCAUGAAAUUAUAGGAAGUUCCAAUCAACCUGAGCUACAAAAUGACUAGGUUCGAUAUCUAAGGGUUUAUCCUUGAGUUUUUUAUUGUCUAUUAGCGGCCAGGGUUG